AUGACACCCCUGUGCUUUAUCUUGGUGCUGGUGAGCAACGCAGCUUCAGUCUCACAAUUCAGCGGAUACAACUGCGACACCAACUUCCACAGCCGGUUUCCAGGAGAAGGGGACAUUGACGUAUACUGUGGGGUCCAAACCAUCACACUAAAGAUCAACUUCUGUCCCAUAUUGUUUUCUGGUUACACUGACGCUGAAUUGGCUCUGAACGGUCACCACAACGAUGGCCACUGCAGGGGCUUCAUCAACAACAACACUCUGCCCACCACACUGCUGUUCAGCAUCAGUCUGAGCACUCUGGAGGCCUGCGGCAGCAACCUGGUGGUGUCCGCCGCCUACGGGGUGAAUGCAUAUGGGAACAUGUCACUUGUGCAAAUUGGACACGUGUCUGGGUUCAUCGACACGCCUGACCCUCCGACUAUAAUCAGCUAUCUGCCGGGUUUGAUGUACAAAUUCAGCUGCAGCUACCCACUGGAGUACCUGGUUAAUAACUCACAACUGGCAUCCUCUUCUGCCACUGUAGCUGUGAAGGACAGCAACGGAACAUUUGUGAGCACACUAAACAUGAUCCUGUACAAUGAUACAUCAUACAGCCACACUCUGUCCAUCCCCAUGUCUGGACUGGCAUUGAAAACCAGAGUUUUUGCUGCCGUCAAAGCUACUAACCUAGACCGACGGUGGAAUGUUUUCAUGGACUAUUGUUACACUACUCCCUCAGGAAAUCCAAAUGAUGAACUGCGCUACGACCUUUUCUUUGGGUGCUACAAAGACCCACAGACCACAGUUUUUGAGAAUGGUAAAAGUCAGGUGGGCAGAUUCUCCUUUGAGGUCUUCAGAUUUGUCAAGCACCGACACCAGAGGAUGUCCACGGUGUUUCUGCAUUGCGUCACCAAGCUGUGCCGAUCGGACGACUGCAUCUCGCUUAUUCCCAUCUGUGGGAAGCGGCGCCGGCGGGACGGAGAACACAUCCAGAUUUACCCAGUGCCUUCAUCUUCAAACACAGUCCUCACAGCAGGGCCCAUCAUCACCAGAACAGAUGAAACUCCAGGCAACAGCUCCCAGCUUGCCCCAGCACAUGAGCUGCCGCUGAGCCCUCUGACCAGUGCCCUCAUCUCGGGUGUGGUCGUUCUGGGUGGAGCCAGUCUGGGCUUCUUCCUGUUUUCAGUCCGCCUCCUACAGAAGCCCCGCCCACCCACUGUCACAUCACGGCCCUCACACUCAACCAAUGUGGAACUGAGGCCAGGCAGCCAGAUCUGCCCUGUCAUUUACACGGGCUACAACGAAAGCUUACUGAGACUAAACCGUGUUAGUGAUGCAGCCUGUCAGGCCACACUGGACACCACAGUCUCUCCUCCGGUGGCCAAAUUCAGGUUUCCUAUAAGAGAGGGAGAUGCCUGCGGAAGCAUCUUUAGGAAUGUUAAUAUCAGCGGCAUCAUUCGCUCCUUUGACCCCACCACUGGGACCAUCACUUACAAUGCAGAGCUCAAGUAUUACUACUCCUGUGCGUACCCAUUGGAGUACCUCGUCAACAACACCCGAGUGGAUAUUUCAUCGUCCUCCAUUGCUCUAAAGGACAAAAAUGGAAGUUUUGCCAGUACACUCAGCAUGGAACUUUUCGAGGAUAAAAAUUACACCACUCGCCUCAUAAUGCCAGCCCAAGGUGUCGAACUGAGGACAGACAUCUAUGUUCAAGUGAAGGCCUCCAAUUUGACAGCGCAAUACAACGUGCUCCUGGACCGCUGUUACGCCUCAUUGUCUCCCUAUCCCACCAACUCCACCGUCUUCAACCUUUUUGUUUCAUGCUCCAUAGACCCCUUGACCACUAUGUUGGAGAACGGAGAUAGCCAAAGAGCACGUUACUCCUUCAAGGCGUUCCGCUUCACCGAGCAGCAGAAUGAAACAGUCUCCACCUACUACCUCCACUGCAUCACCCGCCUGUGCGAACGCUCCACCUGCAGCACCUUCAAGCAAUGCAGCGCAAGGAGGAGGAGGGCCGUGACCAGUACGGUCGAGGACAUCAGCCGGCCCUAUGAGCUCACAGUGUCCAUCAAGGCCAAGACAGACGAUUAUCCUGUAUCAUUGGAAGGAUUGACCAAAGUGCAGCACCAAAGCCAGAGUGCUGAGGUGGGCUUGGCGGUGGCUGUUGCGGUUCUUAUUGUGGUCGGAGUGGCAGCCAUGUUAUUUGUUCUAUACUUGUGCAGGAAACUGUGGCGACAGAUGAUUGUGCAUGAUAAUUACGAGGUGAAGGAGGCGCCUGAACAUGAUGAGGAGGUGAACGAGGUCCAAGAGGAGGAGAUGAAUGAGGUCCAUGGAUAUGAUGGGGAGGUGAAUGAGGUCCAAGAGGAGGAGAUGAAGGAGGCGCGAGGAUGCGAUGAGGAGGUGAUGGAGAUGAGGAGGUGA